AUUUAAGAAUAUAUCCUAGUGAGUUAUACAUGUAAAAGUGUGCAUUCGUGGUAUUCAGGCUGCAGCUAAAAUAUGUGAUUGAAUUCUAGCGAGCCAAGUCCGGUUUUACUGAGCUGUAACAUGAAGCUAACUUCCCUGCCGUUUGCUGCUGUCAUGAUUCACACAUAAUUGUAGUCUUGGUGACGGGAGAGCUACACUCACCUCACCCAUCACAAGCCCUAAAAUAACACCGUCAAGAACGUUUUUUAUUUGACUACGUGUAUUUAUCCGGUAGCGGUGGCAACCUACAUGACGGGGGAAUGCAUCAUCAUCGGAGCUACACACUCUUGUCUUGGCCUAUCCAAAAUAUUUCACAAGUAGAAACUGCAGUGAUCUUGUUGUAAGGGUGUUUAUAUCAUACAAGAAAACUACAAAUCCCUGUAGGGGGAUUGUAAUUUACUGGGACAUUAAAGAUCCCAUCAAGUAGAUUAAGUAAUUAUUCAGCCCCACAGCAACACUAGUGGUCCAUAAAGGCACCAUUACAGUUUUUUAUCUGGAUGACAGUAGCAGGCGUGUGACUGAUCAUCCUGGACAAGAAACGGUGACUGGAAAUAUGGAUAUCCUGCCCUAACUCCCUCCACCACACCCUAACAAUACAUAUAGAUUAACUGCAGGAUCAACAGUAGUCAUGCACAGCCCUGCUCAUGAAAUUGUGGCAGGGUACCCAAGUGGAUGUGCGGCGGAUAAAGAUGCCAAUCCGGAGACAAACCUGGGGAGUGCCUACUCUCCGGUGGACUACAUGAGCAUCACCAGCUUCCCCAGGCUGCCAGAGGAAGACGCACUGUCUGUGGAAAAUGCUCUUAAAUCUCGCAAAGGUGAUGACAACCUCAUGAGUGAGCAAGACACAGACCCAGAUUUGUUUCUGAAGUCUGCUCGCCUUCAACGUCUGCCCUCCUCAGCUUCCGACCUGGCUAGCCAUGACAUUGCAUCUCUUCGGGAGACCACCAGAGACCCCUUUACAGAAGAAUGUGCCUGUCAGCGAGAUGGACUGACGGUCAUCAUCACAGCUUGUCUUACCUUCGCAACAGGAGUCACUGUAGCUCUUAUCAUGCAGAUCUACUUUGGAGACCCACAGAUCUUUAACCAAGGGGCAGUGGUGACAGAUGUGGCCCAGUGUACAUCUCUUGGCUUUGACGUUCUGGGGAAACAGGGGUCCAGUGUUGACGCUGCCAUCACUGCCGCCCUCUGUUUGGGAAUCGUCCACCCUCACACUUCUGGUAUUGGAGGUGGUGGAGUUAUGUUGGUGCACGACAUCCGUAAGAACGAGACGAGGGUCAUUGACUUUAGAGAGACAGCACCAUCUGCCAUCCACGAGGAGAUGCUGCAGACUAACCUUGAUAUAAAUCCGGGCCUCCUGGUGGGAGUACCAGGCAUGCUCAGUGGGAUGCACCAGGCUCACCAGCUCUAUGGCAGAAUGCCUUGGAAAGAUGUGGUUACCAUAGCAGCAGAAGUGGCCAAAAAUGGAUUUAAUGUUACACACGACCUAGCUGAAGCUCUGGCUAAAGUUAAGGCAAACAUGUCGGACGCAUUUCGUGAUUUGUUCCUUCCCAACGGCCAGGCUCCCCUCUCCGGGCUGUUCACCAGACGUCUUGAUUUAGCGGCUAUCUUGGAUGCUGUUGCAGCUAAGGGGAUGUCAGAGUUCUACAGUGGAAACCUGACGCAGGAAAUGGCAGCAGCAGUGCAAGCAAGAGGCGGAGUGCUCACAGAGGAUGACUUUGGAAACUACAGCACAGUCUUACAGCAGCCAGCCGAGAUCAUCUAUCAAGGACACCAUGUGAUGGCAGCCCCGGCCCCACAUGCAGGUGUUGCCUUGAUCACUGCCCUCAACAUCCUGGAAGGCUACAACAUUACCAGCCAGGUGCCCAGGGGCAGCACCUACCACCGGAUUGCAGAGGCUGUAAAGAUAGCUCUUGCCCUCGCUAGUGGACUGGGAGACCCCAUGUAUGACACUACUGUCUCAGAGAUUGUCUCCAAGAUGCUGAGUAAAUCACAGGCUUCCAUACUCCGCCAGAUGAUCAACGACUCUCAGGCCUUCCCUGUCGGCCAUUACACUCCAUCAUUUACCUUAGAGAAGGGUGCAGCAGCUGCCCAAGUCAUGGUCAUGGGCCCAGAUGACCACAUAGUGUCAGUCAUGAGCUCUCUAAACAAACCAUUUGGCAGCGGGAUAGUGACUCCUUCAGGAAUCCUCUUGAACAGCCAGAUACUGGACUUCUCUUGGCCAAAUAAAACACAGGGAUCAUCACUCAACCCACAUAACAGUCUCCAGCCUGGGAAAAGGCCCAUGUCUUUCCUGAUGCCCACAGCAGUGAGGCCUGCCGUGGGAUUAUGUGGCACAUAUGUAGCCGUUGGAUCUUCCAAUGGAGAGAAAGCUCUCAGUGGCAUCACACAGGUGCUGAUGAAUGUUCUGUCUUCACGUAAAAAUAUGAGUGACAGUUUAGCAUACGGAAGACUCCACCCACAUCUGCAGCCCAACACCCUCCUGGUGGACUCUGAGUUUCUAGAUGAAGACGUGGAGCUGCUGCAGGCCAAAGGUCACAAGGUGGAGAGGAGAGAUGUGCUCUCAUUGGUGGAGGGCACCCGGAGAACCAAUGACCUCAUCAUAGGGGUGAAAGACCCCCGUAGUGCUGAUGCCUCCGCCCUCACUAUGUCCAAUCCACCGUAGUUCACCCCCUUGCCCGAUACUCACGCAUAAUUAAAAACGGGUAGAGUAACACUGUAUGAUUGAUGGUUAGUACAAGAGUAAAGAGGCUGCUCGUCAUCUAAUACACUAAACAUAAUUUAUUGGCCAAGUACGGUUGUUUGAGGGAAAUAAAACAGUCAACAGAAAGACAUGCAGCUUUGUCUGAGAUGACAUGGUAGAAAUCUGGUAUGGAUCCUCCGAUAGAUUUUUUUAUUAGUUCACACAGAAAACUACAAAGGAUCGCCAUCUCACAUAGCGAUGUUUGUAUGCACUCUCUCACAGCGUCGAGUAACGUACAGUUGCAGUGUAGAUGGUGUUCAAAAUGUAUGUACGACAUCACUUCAUGGCAUCAGUCAAAGUCUGCAGCCUAUAUUGCACAGAGCAGGGCGUGUUCAUACAUUCAGAUCUGAGGCACUCCAGGUCCACUUAAUGAAAGCAAUACACUCAAGAGGUUUCAAAUGAAUUUACUUAGUGGGCAUGAGAAAAAGAAAAUAGAAAAGUCUUUAAUGCUAUUUAAACAAUGUUAAGUGGCAGUUAGUUUUUAGCCUGUGAGGUACUGAGUGAUGAUGAACAAAUUGAUUCUUUGCAAGAAUGGGCGGACAUGAGAAAAGUAAUGAUUCCACACAAUUAAGCUACCAUUUACAUUAUGUGCAUGGUCCUCCACCUCUCUGCUUUGCGAUUCUUCCACUGCAUUCCACCAUAAUUUGAAAUAACACAUAGAUCACAAGGAAUGGUGAAGGUAAUAAUAUUUACACCACUGAUUUAUGGCUUGCAUUAUUGCACCUGAACUAGACUAUCCUAAACUGAACACGGAGUCUAAACCAUUCACUAUCCUGCUCUUUAUAUGGUGUGUAACUGUGAUUUAGAUGUUGUUUGGUACAGCUUCUGGAGUUUUAACUGUUGCAAACAAUCAAUGGCACCUUGGGACCCUGUUCAAACUAACAUAUUAUUAACACAAAAUAUUGCAUUCAGAACUAUCCAUUAAUUUUCUUAAACAGGAUUUGCUUCAGUUUCACAGGUGUUAAAUAUUACUAAUGAUAGUGUACAAGUGUAUUUAAAUAUAUUAUUUAAGAAAUUUUAGCUGUAGCAUGAUAUUGUUGACAUUUUUUGUUGUUUGAGCAGGGAUACUUGUUUUUAGAAUGGGAAUAAUCAGAUUCUUUACAGAUGGAUUGAAUGUAAAGUGUCUAUUUUUAUAUGAACAUUUGUUGGUCUGUUUACAUUAUUUCUACUGUUGUAACACAAUGCAUUCAUUCAGCUUAUUUUAGAAAUGUUAUGUUAAUUAUUUUUUGUAGAAUAUUUAAUGUAAGAACCAACAGCUUUUGUAAAGCAAUAUAUUCUAAAGGUGGUUCAAUUUAAUUCCAGGAUGUCUCAUACUGAUCAAAUGAGCCCAUAACCUUAUUGUCUCUGUUGUUUGGCACUAGUGCAAUAUGACUGUUAAUGCUUUUCCCCUGUACUUUAGAGUACCCUGCCUUAAGGCACACAUUUGCACAACAUCUGAUAUUUGAUUCCAUCCGCAUUUUAUCUGAUUUUAAUCAAAAUCAGCACUGUCCAAUCCCAAGAAAUAAAACGUUUGCACAUCUUAAUGUUGAA